AUGAAAGAAGAAAAAUUAAUACAAUAUCUAUUUUCAUCAAAAAAGAAAAGAAAAUCAAUAAUUGAAACUUUGGAUGAUAAACAAAAAUAUGAUACACGUUUAUUGGCUUUUUUAUCAUCCGAUAAGGUGGAUGCAGCUUUAUAUCGUCGAAUUCUAUUACAAAUACCUACAAAAAUAAUUCCACGUAUGGCUAAUCCACUUCUUCUAGCUGAUUUUUUGACUAGUUCAUAUGAAACACAAAGUAAUGCAUCAAAAAUUCUUGCAUUACAUGGUUUAUAUGUAUUAUUAACACAAUAUAAUCUUGAAUAUCCAUUUUUCUUUGGUAAACUCUAUUCAUUGUUAACAAUUGAUUUAUUUAAUGCGAAAUAUAAAGCAAGAUUUUUCUAUUUACUUGAUAUAUUUUUACAAUCAUCACAUUUACCAGUAAAUCUUGUUGCUAGUUUUGCUAAACGUCUUGCUAGAUUAGCUUUAUUAAUACCACAAUAUGAUCAAUGUUUAAUUAUAACAUUUAUUUAUAAUUUAUGUAUAAGACAUCCGCAAAUCCGAAUUAUGAUCGAUAGACAACCAAGUCAAUCAACAGAUCCAAUUAAAGAUAAUUAUUUAUCUGAAGAAAUUGAUCCUAAUAAAACAAAUGCAAUUGAUAGUUCAUUAUGGGAAAUAGAAACUCUCACUCAUCAUCAUCAUCCAGAUGUAGCAACAUGUGCUCUUGCAUUUACGUCUUUACGUAAAAUAAAUAGUGAACGAGAUAUUCAUGAUCUACUCGAAAUUGAUUAUGAUGAGAUGUUUGAACAUGAUAUAAAUCGACGCAUUCGAUCUCGAAAGACAAAAGAUAAAACAAAAACAACUACUGAAUGUCCAAUCAAUUAUAAUGUUACUGUCAAUUUAUUUGAUUGA